CGCCAGGUUUGUAUUCUGCUUUUUUUCAAGUGACCGGGUUUUUUUUGCAAGGGCAAAAUCGUUGCCACCGUUGCAUCGCUUGCCAUAUCUCGAGGAACCGUGUGAUCUUGGUGGAGAGACGAUUGUCGGCAUCAUUGUGACAAAUUCGGUCGAGUUUAACUUGAGAAAUUUAAAGUGCUUUUGCUUCGUAAAAAAUAAAACCGCUAAGAUGUCGACCGUAGCAUUGUCUUCCUUUGCCAAGGAAAAGAUAUGGUAUGAUAAGCCGUCAUAUGACAAGGCGGAACGACAAUACUUUGAAAGAAUGGCCAAGCUUGGAACAUGUUGCAAGGUGGAGACUCGUAAGAUUAUAGGAGACUGUACACUUAAGUCUGACAAUUCUGUAACUGAUAAGUGCCAAGAUCUAAUCAAUACUAACACGUUAAAGUCUAAGACUGAAAAAUCGAAAGAUAACAAGCUGACUCUUGAGAGCGAGUCAAACGAAUCGAGUAAAAAACGUUCUAAGUGCCAAGGGAAAAACGCGAAGAUCAACAAAGAAGUUGCUGACGUAUGCAACAUGCAACAUAAAGAUAAUAUUAAGACGACUGAAAAAUCCGAUGGUUCGAAAGAUAACGCGAAAGAAAAGGACGGCGUUUUUUCGAGCGAUAAGUCGAAAAAAUAUAACGCGAAAGAAGCAAAAGAGAAAAAAAACAAAGAAGAUACGAAAAAUAAAAAUAGGGACAGCGAAGGAAGCGUUAAUGGAAAAAAUAAAGAAAAUGUGAUAUCGUUUGCAAGAAACAAAGAACAGAUAAUGGAUCAGGGAACUCAACAGUCCAACACUAGUCCAAUUUUACCUGUUGUUGGAAGUUUAGCCAAUGAGGUCGCCAAGGCUCGUCAGCAUAUUAAACAAUCCUUACAGUGUAUGGACGAUAUUGCAGUGCUUGCUCAUAAUGCUGAUCAGGAUGUCACACCUCGUAUUGUCCAACUUGAGAAGGAAAACCAGGAUCUGCGAAAUCUCGUUCAAGGUCUGAAACGUUCUCUUGAAAAGUUGAAGAAACAUGUAAAGAAUCUCGAAUCAUUGGAAGAUCGUAUAGACGUUAUCGAAAGACGUAUACCAUACUCAGCAGUAAAUAGCUGUCCUGCUGAUCCAUUAAAUGAGGAAGAUUUCAAACAAGGGAAGGAGAGUAGGCUAAAGGAUAGUGAUGAUGACGAUCUUGAUUUAUUUGGGUCAGAUUCAGAGGGAGAGGACGCGGAAGCAGCUAAGAUAAGGGAAGAACGACUUGCCGCGUACGCAGCUAAAAAAUCCAAAAAACCUGCUGUAAUUGCAAAAUCAAGUAUUAUUUUGGAUGUAAAGCCGUGGGAUGACGAGACAAAUAUGGAGGAAAUGGAAGCUGCAGUUAGAAAGAUCGAGAUCGAUGGUCUUCUAUGGGGUGCAUCAAAACUCGUGCCGCUCGCCUUUGGAAUUCACAAGCUUCAAAUUUCUUGUGUCGUAGAAGACGAGAAAGUAUCGGUAGAUUGGUUAACAGAGCAGAUCCAAGAUCUCGAAAAGUAUGUGCAAAGUGUAGAUAUCGCUGCUUUUAACAAGGUGUAAACAUAAAGUUAAAUAAGAUUAAUUAGACAAAGCACGAUAUAGUGAAAAAUAAAUAUGUGGAUCUGUGCGCUA